ACGACUAUUAUGGGCUGUCCGUGAUUAUACUGGCCGAGGUUGUGGCGGUGGAAAAAAAAAAACUGUGGGACAGAAGUAAACAUGGAGCUCUCCGCCGUCGGGGAGAGGGUUUUCGCGGCCGAGUCCAUCAUCAAGCGACGCAUAAGAAGAGGGCGGAUGGAGUAUCUGGUGAAGUGGAAGGGCUGGUCUCAGAAGUACAGCACCUGGGAGCCAGAGGAGAAUAUUCUGGAUGAACGUCUGUUCGCUGCUUUCGAGGAGAGAGAGCGUGAGAGAGAGUUAUUUGGGCCGAAAAAAAGAGGACCGAAACCAGAAACCUUUUUAUUGAAGGCGAAGGCUAAAGCCAAAGCCAAAAGUGACGAAUUCCGAAGAGAAAUGUCACGAGAGAUUAGAGUAUCAUUCCCCGUUGCAGAACCAGUUGUCACGCCCCGAGCUCGGGAAGGGCUAAGAACAGUUGUGCCUACUAUCUUCCCUCCAAGCACUGUCAACAGGGGUGAAAGUGUUCGUGUCCGAUCGCCAGAGCCAGAGAGAAGAUCUCGACUUUCUGUAUCUCCAACGCACAGCUUUAUGGACUCGGUUAACACACCAAAAAAGAGGGGACCAAAACCAAAGUUGCGUUUCCCUCUUAGUUCCCCUAGCGGCAGUUGUUUACCUACCGAACCAGUUAAAAGGAGGGCAGAUGAACACUUAUCUUUUGGCCAAGCUAAAAUUUCCAGGCCUGCUCAUCAUCCAGGAGAAACAUCCAACUGCAACCAUAUCCAGUUAAACCAGAGGUUUCAAGCAGAACACGGUAAGCCUCCGAAACAGCUCAGCUCUGGAUCAAGUAGCAGCGUUGCUUUCGGAGGCGCUCUGCGAAAAACAGCUCAUGAUAUUUUAGGACAUGGCACGAAGCAUUUCUCUAGUGGCCCGUCCAUUUCAUACGCAAAGAGGAAACACCUUUCCAAGAACAGUUUAUUUCAGUCCGAUGACCUGCCCAUUGAUCGCUUGUCUCCGAAAUACCCCAUGCCGCAGAAUCUUGGAGAUGAAGAUGAGGAAUCCUGGAUGCCUUGCCUAAAGAACAUGGAGAAAAUUAUUGUGACAGAUAUAACAAGCAACUCAUUGACUGUAACGAUUAAGGAGAGCACAACAGACCAAGGCUUCUUUAAAGAACAGAGAUGACGUGUGUAUUUCUCUGUCAGCUGAUGUAAAUAACUAUAAAAUAGUAUGUAUCCAGUAACAAUCUAUGUUUCUAUAAUUUCUAUACUAACUGUACGUGCUGCAAUCGUGUAAAUAUGUAACAAAAAAAGCGUCUGCAUUAUACAUUUACAUUCGUAUUUUCUAUGAAAAUGAAAUUUAUUUUUUUAUUUCCCUAUGUAUCUGUAAUGACCAGAGAUCAGUUUGUAGCCUAUCGGUUUGUUCGUCAGUUGUAGUGCGAGAAGGCGCACUGCACUGACUACGUGCGAAACUGCAUACUGGUGUGCACACUAGCCUGGUAAUCCCUCUGCGGCACGCGCAGCUGAUUAAAGAUACUGCUUAGUAAGCUGGUAUGGGUUUCACGCGUGCAGACGCUGGGCCUCUUUCAACGCACUGCACCUUUUAUCCGGGGGACCAAUAAGUUCCCCCUGUAUUAUCCCAUGUGAUUUAUCCUGUACUGUGUAAAUAGAGUUUGUGCAUAUUUGAA